AUGCAAAUCCUAAGCAUUUUCCUGGCUACUACUGCCACCUACUUCACCGUUACCCAAGCCGCAACGACCGGCAUGCUGAUCGCUGAUGCCGCGGCGGAUUGCGGCCCCAAAGGUUGCCAUGAUUGCGACCCAGGGUGCAAAACUCCUCCAUUCAAAUGCCCCCCAGGCGAGCAAGUCCGAAGAUAUCCACCACUAUCAAUGUUCAUUGGGUUGUUCAGCAAGCUCAGUGGACCAAAUCUGGACCUGAAAGCGGGUAUUCGAUGGGAGACACCUUCGGUCCUUGGUAGGCAUCAUGCAGCUAGACAGUAUCCUAUUAGAGGUAGUGAGUAG